CCCUGUUUUACACACAGAAGUGAGUUGUGCUGGCUGCACUUUGCCUUUCAGUGCAAGGGCAGGGGAUGUUCCCAUCGCCUUGCAAAUCAAGCUGAGAGAAAUUUGCUGUACUGUGCCAGGAAGGCUUUGAGAAACUCAUCUUUCAUCCAGUCAUCGAGAACCUGAAAGGGAUUUCUCUUUCUGGCACUGCUGAGCCGUGGAGCAGGGAUUUGUCUUCCCGAUGGAUGGCCCCAGCUGGCUGCCUGCUCUGCUCUUCCUUGGGGUACAGCUCCGAGCACUGGGUCCUGCAGCAGCCGUGGAAGUUCACACUGCCAAGGAGGUUCAUGCUGUGAAUGGCACUAACCUGAGGCUGAAAUGCACCUUUUCCAGCAGCAGCCCUAUUAGCCCGGACCUGUCUGUGACCUGGAACUUUCAGCCCAAGGACCUGAGCUCCCAUGAACCGGUAUUUUAUUACCUGAAGGAGCCCUACAAGCUGCCUGCUGGACGGUUUAAGGAGAGAGUCACCUGGGAUGGGAAUAUCGAGCGUAAUGAUGUUUCCAUUGUUAUCUGGAAUUUGCAGCCCACUGACAAUGGGACAUUCACCUGCCAGGUGAUGAACCCACCAGAUUUUUAUGGAGCGAUUGGUGAAGUGAGACUCAGAGUUGUGCAGAAAGUGCAGUUCUCAGAAAUCCAUUUCCUGGCAGUGGCCAUUGGGUCUGCCUGUGUUCUGAUGGUCAUUGUGGUGACUGUUGUGAUUAUCUGCCGACACCGUCGGAAGAAAGCACAAGAGAAGAGGACUGAGGUGUCAGACACUGAACUUAAAGAAAAGGAGAAUCUGAAGGUUAAAGAAGAAGAGGAAGCCAGUCCAUUAGAAGACUAGAGGUCUUUGAUAGUAUAUACAGUGCAGACAACAGGCCAUGGUAGCCACAACCAGAGACAACUGAGACCACAGUCACUCUUUGCUGUUCAAGUAACCUUCAGAGAAGCUGACACUGAGCGGGCAGUGGGGACAGAACUGCCUCUUACCUGCCUCUCCACCCCAGCACUGAGGAUCAUUUGUAGGAAAGCUGCUUUCUGCAACAUGUCUGCUUUGUGGAGGAAGAAGGAUGAAUCCAUUUCCUUCCACCAGUUUUGAAUCUGCUUUUUGAUGAGUUUGAUCUUUGUUGUUCUAAAAGUACUACAGGAAGACUGAAAACAUUUCCAGAUGGCUUUGAUGGAACAUUUCAGCAUAAUUUUUACUGGCUGGGUUUCUCAGGUCAGGAGUUGCCUCUGCUAUUUUCGUUUUCAACAAUAACCCCGAGUAACAAAUGUGUUUUGUUUUGUUUUGUUUUGUUCCUUAUAAACUUACUUCUUAGCUACUUCUAAGGCAGAUGGUGAAAGCUUGUAAUUUCGGAUGUUAGAACAAAGCUGAAUUACAGGUGCCUCAUGCUGUGAGUGUGCUGUCCCUGCUCAACCUGAAAUUCUUGCAAGAACGAGGAUGAAAUUAACAUAAUUCAUCAAUUUCCUGCAUUGAAGCAAAGCAGAAGGAACAAGGAAGCCUCCUUAAUCUUCACACCUAAGCAAUGUGAAGAAAACUGCUCUGAAGAUGAAAAAACACCAAAAGAUUUGAAAAAUAUAGCAAGACAGCUGACUGAACAGGGAUUGUCAAAGUGUCUGAGCCACCAGACACACUUUUGCGCCUUUGGAAGCACAAGGUGGAUUUGUAUUGCCCUCUUUUUCCUAUUUUUCCUCCCUCUGAUGUCAGGAAAAGGAAGAACGACUGAGGGCGAGACCAGAGGAGCAGCCGAUUGCUGCCAAGUGUUUUAAAUCUUCUUGUUACAUUAGAUGGGACGUAUUAGGCUGUGGGCAGCUGUGCUGAGGAUAAAAUUUACUGAGGGGGGGAUGUUUUGGAUCGUUUUUCUUGCAGCUUCGGGAAGUUUCGCCCCCGCGGUGUUUGCGGGCGCUGCCCCCGCCACAAACCGCGGAGCUGUUACGGUUCUCAGCCAGCAACAAACCCAAACAUCGUUCCGUUUGUUUAAAGAGGAUCUUUAUGACUUUAUAACCCUUCCCUGCAGCGUCCCGGCCACUCGCUCUGUUUGUAUGUUUUGCUUUCCAAUUUCCUGUAAAUAAAG